AUGAUUACUGCCGCUCGGCUGGGCACAAGGCUUUCACGAUCACUAUUGGCCUCAAAGGCCGGCCUCGAAGCGACGACAACGUCUCCAAAGGAGCGCUCCUCAACCCAAUCAAACGACCAACCGACACAUGAAAGACGCAUGGCUUCCCAAGCUAAUGCCGAACCUGCUCGUGCUGAACCGCGAUAUCUUCCCGCGGACGGUGCGAUUCCUGCGCCAGCUAUCCUUCCUCCUCAGCAAGCCAUAAGCACCCAUUCCGACACCACUCUUGCCAAGAAAAUUUUAGACUUGAUGCAGAACAACCGAAAACGUAGUCAUGCUGAGGUGAAACCACUUUGCGCAAUCGAGGAAGGCGACGAAUCCGAAGCGGAAGAAUCGCGCACCAAGAAGGUAAAGCACUCUGCAGCCCAGGCAAAUGUUCGUGUUCCUCGGAGGGAGGGGUCAGCUGGAAUGCAAAGCGAAGGUGCCAUGCUCAAUACCAGCCAGGGCGAUGAUGAUGCUGACUGGGAGGAUGUUGACGACGAUGAUGCUAACGAGCCUGAGACUGAAAAUUCUGGAGGUAAGGAUCGCCUCGUCUUCGCUAGGUCAUCGAUUUGUCUUGCUCCCCUCAGUUCUCCCAACUGUGCUGCCAUGAUCCUGCAGGCCGAGCCGAGCCCUUUCUCUAUCUUGCUCAGUCUGAACAUCAUCGCGCUUGACUUGCGUAGGAAGUCACACGCAGCGAAGGACUGCGACGUCUGCAUGCUUCACUCAGCAUCAGCAAGCUCCCUGCGCAGCUCAACGGAUUUCCUUCUUGAUUUGCCGCGCGAGCUGAGAGACCACAUCUACGGGCGAUGCGUGGAGCGUUGCGAUGGCUUCCAAGGAGAUGCCGGUGUCGGUGUAGCAUCGACUCCAGGACCGCGCCUGAUUUGCAAUCGAUUGCCGCAAGUGUAUGGAGGAACAAAGAGUUAUUAUUAUGAUAAAGAGUCUGGAUACAACUCCCGAAUACGAACCGCCAUGGGACUUGAACCUGCUUCCUGGCUCUUGAAGAGAGUAACUAAAGCUCAGGCAUGUUCGCAUUACAGACUCUGA